CUCUGUAUCAUUCGUUCAAGUUUUUCCUGCCAUUUUCAGUUUCAACUUCUCUCUCCCUCUUUCUCUCUCUAAAUCUGUACAUUUAUUCACAUUUCCAUUAAAUUUAUAUAUAUGCACCAGUCUCUUUUUGCUUCUUACAAUCUCUCAUGGCGGGUUCAAGACCCUCCUCUGUUUCUUCUCAGUCUUCUUCUCAACAAACCUUCACUUCUCGUCUCUUAUUGCUUCUCACUGUCCUUCCCUUAACUCUUGCUGCAUUCGCUUUCAUUCUCCAAUGGCGUGGAGGGUUGAAUGACCCCAUUUCUCGCUGGUCGCCUGAUGACCGUGAGUUUCCCGGCAUGGAAUCUGUCGUCACCUCCCGUGUCUCUUCUUCUUUAAAGUCUAGGACCAAGGAUUCCGGUUGUAAGGAUCUUCUGGGUCAGAGCCAUAACCCGUCGUUUCCUUAUUAUAGGAACUGGAAGUUCGAUUUGCGGUCCGAUCUGAAGCCUAAAAUAUCUAUAAUUACAAGCACUUCUGCAGGCUUAGAACAGACUUUGCCAUGGAUAUUUUAUCACAAGGUUAUUGGAGUUUCAACCUUCUUCCUUUUCGUGGAGGGGAAAGCUGCAUCUCCUAAAGUAUCUAAAGUUCUGGAAACAAUUCCGGGGGUGAAAGUUAUAUACAGAACAAGAGAAUUAGAAGAACAGCAAGCUAGAAGCCGGAUCUGGAAUGAGACCUGGCUGGCAAACUUCUUUUACAAACCAUGUAAUUAUGAGUUAUUUGUGAAGCAAUCCCUCAACAUGGAAAUGGCCAUUGUCAUGGCAAGGGAGGCUGGCAUGGAUUGGAUUAUCCAUCUUGAUACUGAUGAGCUAAUACAUCCUGCUGGAGCCCGUGAGUAUUCUUUGAGACAAUUACUUUCAGAGGUGCCUCGAAAUAUCGAUAUGGUUAUCUUUCCAAAUUAUGAGAGCAGUGUUGAACGAGAUGAUAUCAAGGAGCCUUUUAGUGAGGUCUCAAUGUUUAAGAAGAACUAUGACCACCUCCCUAAAGACGUAUACUUUGGCAAUUAUAAAGAGGCAACUCGUGGUAAUCCAAACUAUUUUCUGACAUAUGGAAAUGGAAAGUCUGCUGCUAGAAUUCAGGAUCAUCUUCGCCCUAAUGGUGCACACAGAUGGCAUAACUAUAUCAAGGUUCCAAAUGAGAUCAAAUUUGAUGAGGCUGCUGUUCUGCAUUAUACAUACCCUAAAUUUUCUGAUUUGACUUCAAGACGCGAUCGGUGUGGUUGCAAGCCUACUAAAGAUGAUGUUAAAAGAUGCUUUAUGUUGGAAUUCGACAGAGCUGCAUUCAUAAUCGCUUCAACUGCAACAGAGGAGGAAAUGCUUCGCUGGUACCAGGAACGCGUGGUGUGGACCGACUAUAAACUGAAUCUGAAACUCAUGAGAAAGGGUAUCUUGACUCGCAUUUAUGCUCCCAUGGCCGUUGUCCAAGCACUCAGGGAAUCCGGAGUAUUUGUUAAUGCCAUAGCAAUGGCACAGACAAACCUAACAGAUUUCUUGAAUAGCAACACUUCUAAGAAAGCUAAAUCUGGAGCUAUUUCUUCACAAAAGAUUGGUGAAAAUGGAGAAUCUCAGGCAACUGCAAGAAGAGUCUUGCAGCUCAGCAAUGAUGCUUCUUUUCCCUCAGCUGUUCCACCACAAUCUCCUCCUGGCCUGGAAGAUACUCAGUUAGCGAUAUAAUAGCGACAUUACAUCCACAGCAGCCCUAGACACCUCAGCACCGCCAUCAAUAUUUCCUGCUAUGUAGAUUGAGAAAGGAUAGAGUAUUUGAAAUGUUGGCGAAAGAGGUCCUGAGGAAGGAAUGAAUAAGAGAAGUAGCUUAGGCUGCUGUGUCGGGGCAUUUUAGUUUCAGUUUCAUGGGGCUCUUCCCGAUCAUUACCCAAGCGCUGAUGUACAUUUCCAGUAGAUAAAAGAGAGGUCAAAGAGUUAGAGCUGUAGAGUGGCAUUCUAAUUACAUGCUGUUGAGUUUUGUUUUCUUGAUAGUUUUUCUUCAUAUGCCUUUUUUUCUCAUUGCCAAUGCUGUAAUUUGAAAUCCUGCCCGUCCCAUUGUUCUUUUAUACACAUGGUGAGGGGACAUUUGAUACUGUCAUUCCCCAUUCAUGAGUUAUGAUAUAUCAUUAUCAAUUGUUGUCAAUUGAAAAUUUUAAAUUGGCUUACUA